AUGGAGAAGAUGAUGCGAAUCGGAUUCCCUAUUGAGAUGUGCCUGCCACACAUCAUCGGAACCCCAUACCAACAAUGGGUCACUUUCGAGCAUCACAUUGUCUCCGACGCUCCGUUCGAAUGGCAGAUGACUGGUACUGGUGAGAAUCCGGAGACUACAGCUGCGCAUCCAUAUGGUAUACUGGAGCACAAUGAACUGGGAGACCCCCACUGGGUCGAACCCACGAUCGCCCGUCAUCGCGAUCCUUUUGGUGCCUUUCCACUGCGGUAUUGCCUGUCCAUCCGCACGCCUCAUCCCUGGCCCGAGUGGUGGCCGUCGUCUGAGACACCGAGACGCAGUCGCAUAGUGAGGCUCUCCGCUGCGUCGCAACGAACCGACUGA